UUUUUGAGCCUCCAACCCUUUGCACUGAGAUGUGGCUAGAAGAUCGGCAUGGCAUUGAACUUCGCAAUCACACUACAGGCAAAGUUUUUGUCGACAAACUAUUUCUCAAAAACACUUGCGAAGGGCCAUGCUCCGAACAAGAGGUUUGCGCCAGUAGCAAAAUGGUCUCCCGUCAAGUCCCUAACAAUUAUAAACGACCAAAAGAAAAAGUCUUGCAACAGGCAAAGGAGUUCCUUGAUGGAUUCUUUCACUCUUCAAAAAAAUUUGGCUCUGAGGAACAUAUCAGUCGAGUGCUCGAAGUUCAUAAAAGCAUCGAGGAUACAAGUAGCUAUGAUUUGACAUACGACGAGCUGGUGUACGGAUGUGGUAUGGCUUGGCGCAAUGCUCCGCGCUGUGUCGCAAGAGUACAGUGGUCAUCUUUGAAGGUUUUUGAUGCUCGGCAUGUACAAACAGCUCAAGAAAUGUUCCAUAGCAUUAUCGAACACAUCAAGUACGCAACAAAUCAAGGACGUUUACGCUCAACUAUAACCGUCUUUCCUCCUCGCACUGUCGGUCAGUCCGAUUUUCGUGUCUGGAACAGCCAAUUGAUCAGCUAUGCCGGUUAUCGAAAUCCGGAUGGAACAAUUAAAGGAGAUCCUUCCAACAUCCAAUUCACCGAGCUUUGCCUUUCAUUGGGAUGGGAGAUAGAGCAGACAACUCGUUUCGAUAUUCUUCCCCUUGUUCUACAAGCUAAAGGACUACCACCCGAAAUAUUUGUCAUUCCGGACGACGUGGUACUUCAGAUUUCUCUUUCACAUCCCUCGUUCCCAUGGUUUGAAGAGCUAGGGUUACGUUGGUACGCCCUACCAGCGGUUGCCAAUAUGCUGUUUGAUUGCGGAGGCAUUCAAUUUCCCGCUGCUCCAUUUAACGGUUGGUAUAUGGGAACAGAGAUAGGUUCCAGAGAUCUAUGCGAUCCGCAGCGCUACGACAUAUCCGAGACAGUAGCAAGCAAAAUGGAACUGGACACGAGUAGUCACACAACACUUUGGAAAGACACGGUUUUGCUGGAGGUGAAUAAAGCGGUGCUCUACAGCUACCAAAAGUGUGGGGUAACAACGUGGGAUCAUCACACGGCUUCCGAAUCGUUCAUGCAAUUUUACGAGAAUGAAAUGAAAACACGGGGUGGCUGCCCUGCUGAUUGGAUUUGGCUCGUUCCGCCAAUGUCGUCUUCGACUUCACCGCUCUUUCAUCAGGAAAUGGCGUUGUACUUCCUGAAACCAUCUUUCGAAUACCAAACGCCGGCAUGGUCAAAUAACCCCAAAAAGUUGGCAAUAAAACGCAGUGUAAAACGUACACCAAAGUUUAGAGCAGUAAUGAUAGCUGCCCGGCUCUGCUGUUACCUCUAUCGUUCUUGUUGGUUAAAACGGCCUAAAGUGGUUCUGCUAUUUGCUUCACAAUCUGGAAAAGCAGAAAAUUUUGCGACGAAAACGUUCUUCAAGUUCAAGUCUCUUUUCCAAGCUAAACUGUACUGCAUGGCUGACUACGAUAUUAAUCAGUUGCAAGAUCAGCAAGCUACAAUUGUAAUAGCUUCUACCUUCGGAGACGGAGAGAGUCCUAGCAACGGGGAGGAAUUCAAAAAGAGCUUGAUUAAAAUUAAACAAGAGAAUUCAAAAAUCCGAUUCGUUAACAAACCCUCUUGUUUUGCUGUUCUAGGAUUGGGUUCAACAGCUUAUCCAAAUUUUUGUGCUUACGGAAAAUUUGUUGAUAAUAUGUUUCAAGAACUGGGUGGCACCCGCUUGUUGACACUUCACUGCGCUGACGAACUAAGCAACCAAGAGAAAGCUUUCCAAACUUGGCUAUCAGAUAUCACGAAUGCGAUAUGCAAACAAUAUCUUAUACGGAAUGAAAACAAUGAUUUGUUAAACAAGGAAUCUCCUUUUGAUCCGUCGGAUACCGUGUCUGCGCGCUUUUCCAUCAUCAAAGGCGGAAAAGAAGAUGUUUUACGAACGCUCUCUGACGUCCAUCUCAAAGAGGUAUCACUUGCUCGAGUUUCUGGAAAGAGCAUCAUCGGAGAUUCCAGCUCAAGCAAGGGAUACGCUACCAUUUUUCUUCAGCUGAACACCUUUAACUCCGAAAAUCUUAAGUAUAAACCUGGAGACCAUUUGGCCGUCUUUCCUCGGAACAGCCAAGAAAUCAUCCAGCGAUUUACGCUAUGUCUUAAAAAUUGUCCUGCCACUCGAUCUCUGGUUCAACUUCAAGUUCAAAAUCCAAAUCAGAAAUGGGAAACUUGGAAGAAAGUUUCACAGUGUACGUUCGACACCCUGCUCUCUCGAUUCGUGGACUUGACCAGUUCGCCUUCCCAAGACAUACUCAGGUUUUUGGCUUCUUCAGCAAUUGAUCAAACUGAAAAAGCGCAACUUAACAUUUUGGCUGAGGAUUCCGCGUCUUACAAACAAUGGACGUCUUCGAGUUACGCCAAUAUAGUGGAUGUCUUGGAGGAAUUUCCUUCCGUUCAUGUUGACGCAGCCGCUUUGAUCAGCGUUCUUCCCGUUCUACAACCCCGGUUUUACAGCAUUUCUUCCUCGACAGCCAUUGUACCAACAGAAAUUGAUCUUAUAGCAAGCCUUGUUCGUUGUCGAACGCAGGAUGCUGAAGGACGUGUUUUCAAAGGACUGUGCACUUCAUACUUGGAAGAAAUCCGUCGCGGAGAUUUCGUGGCGUGCUAUUUCAUAUCCAACCCUUCAUUCCAUCUACCUCUCUAUACUUCCAAGCCAAUGAUUUGGAUCGCUGCUGGUAGUGGGAUUGCUCCUUUUAGAGGAUUCUGGCAACAGCGAUGCUUCGAAAAGGGCGUUCCGUUUCACAGCACAUUCAUCACAAAAGUAUGGGGAAAAUUUUGGAAGCCCACCGUCCAACAACAAGCUAGCAAUCGGUAUGGUUCCAUUUAUUUGUAUUACGGAUGCAAAGAAAAAGCUCUACAACCAUUUGCCAGUGAGAUGGAUGCAAUGAUACAUCACAAAAUAAUCAGCAGAACUUUUUUUGCGUUUUCCAAGGAAAAAGGAAAGAACAAGUGCUACGUGCAAGAUCUGCUCUGGAAGGACGGCCCGCGUGUCUCCACACAGAUUUUGAACGAGGGAGCUUACGUAUACGUUUGUGGAAGGUUAGCAAUGGCCGCUCAAGUGAAGAAAACCAUCAUUAAAAUUAUUUGUCAAUACGGCAAUAUAAACCAGGAUGAAGCCGAAAUGGUGUUUAAGAAUCUUAAGGCUGAGGGUCGCUACAAAACUGAUGUAUUCGGAGCGAAUUAAGCUGAAUGGCGAAUGUUAGCUUCACCACAUGCCACUGACCACCAAGGCCA